UUCCUUGAUUUUGCUUCUCUGUGGCACUGAAUGUGAUGAAAAUGGAUAGUCUCGUUCUACUUUUAGGCUUCCUUCUUCUCACUCUCUUCUCCCAAAGAUUUUCGCUUCCGGUAGUGGUGGCCUUGGACCUGAAAAAUACCACAAGGUACAAUAAGCAAGUCAGCACCUUGAGACUUGAGAGAAUUGAGAAGCACUUGAACAAGAUCAACAAGCCUCCUGUGAUGACUAUACAGAGCCCAGAUGGAGAUAUGAUUGACUGUGUUCAUAAAAGAAAGCAGCCAGCUCUGGAUCACCCUCUCUUAAAAAACCACAAGAUCCAGAAAGUGGCACCAGAAAUGCCAAAAGUGAUGAAGACGAUGAAGCCAUCUUCAUCAUCUUCUCAGAGUGAGAAUGAUACAGUGAAAGGCAAGACCGGUGGGAUUGCAUGGGGGCACCAAACGUGGCAUACAAACGGGACGAGGUGUCCGAGAGGGACGGUUCCGAUACGGCGGACUACAGUGAGUGAUAUUCUCAGAGCUAAGUCUUUGUUUGACUAUGGCAAGAAAAGUCAACGACGCACCAAUGUUAAUGUGAAUAGGCAUGCUGAUGCACCCGAUGUGGUCAGUGGGAAUGGCCAUGAGCAUGCGAUUGCUUACUCCGGAUCAUCGAAUGAAGUGUAUGGUGCAAAAGCUACGAUCAAUGUUUGGACACCAGCAAUCGAACAAAUGAACGAGUUCAGUCUUUCGCAAAUCUGGGUUCUGUCGGGAUCAUUCGAUGGUACAGAUCUCAACAGCAUAGAAGCUGGAUGGCAGGUCAGUCCGGAGCUCUAUGGUGACAGCAGGCCUAGAUUGUUCACCUAUUGGACGACUGAUUCAUAUCAGGCAACUGGAUGCUACAACCUUCUGUGUUCUGGAUUUGUGCAAACAAAUAGUAGAAUAGCCAUCGGAGCUUCCAUAUCCCCGGUCUCAUCGUAUGCAAGCGACCAAUUUGACGUUACUAUCCUCAUAUGGAAGGAUCCAAAGCUCGGAAAUUGGUGGAUGGGAUAUGGAGAGAAUAAUCUAGUAGGGUACUGGCCAGCAGCGCUAUUCACACACUUAGCAGACAGAGCAACAAUGGUGGAAUGGGGUGGUGAGGUGGUCAAUACAAGGUCCACCGGUGAGCAUACCUCCACCCAAAUGGGUUCUGGUCAUUUUGCAGAAGACGGAUUUGGGAAAGCAAGCUAUUUCCGAAACCUAGAGAUUGUAGACUCAGACAACAGCCUCAGUUCUGUGCGAGAAGUCUCAACCUUAGCUGAGAACACCAAUUGUUACAACAUCAAGAGCUCCUAUAACAACGAUUGGGGAACUUACUUCUACUAUGGGGGGCCUGGAAGAAAUCCAAAAUGCCAAUGA